CUUUCCAAAGAUGAGCUUUCGCCUCAGGCUCGAACUCUAGCUGGUAGCGAAACAUCCGCGCCGGGGUCUUCCGUACCAGCGGCCCCCUGGGCAUUGUUCGGUUCCUCUGGGCUCGUCUGCCCCCUCACCCGCCACACACCCACCGUGUAACCCACAAAGAUAAGGGGCCUCCCUCCGUAAGCACGAACGUCCAGGCCCGUUUUCUGAGGAACGCGCGCAGGGCGCCGCGAGGAGGAGCGUGUGCGCGCCGUCCCGGGCGCAUUCGAGGGCGUCCUGCUGCGGGAAGUCUCGUGUGAUUAGCGCGGAGGUCUUGCGGUUUGGGGUUCUUGGUGGCGAGUCUGGUAAAAAUCAAGGUGACCCCAAGAAAAUGGCUUCUCCUCCAAAGGAGGUAGAAGAAGAUAGUGAAGAUGAGGAAGUGCCAGAUGAAGAAGAUGAAAGCAGUGGAGGAGAGGUUAUCAUUCCUCAGAAAAAAGGCAAAAAGGCUACCACAACUCCAGGAAAGAAGGCGAUGGUUUCCCCAACAGAAAAGAUUGCAGUUGCCACAGCAGGCAAGAAAACAGUUGUCACCCCUGGCAAAGAGGCAACAGCUAUGCUGGCUCCUGGCAAAAAGGCAGCAGUUACACCAGCCAAAGCCAUAGCAACCCCUGGUAAGAAGGAAGCAGCCACCCCAGACAAGGGAGCAGGGAAUGCCAAGAAUGCCAAGAAGGAAGAUAGUGAUGAGGAAGAUGAUGGCAACAGUGAAGAGGAGGAUGAGGUUGAAUUUGAGCCAGCAGUGAUGAAAGCUACUGCUGCUGCCCCUUUCUUGGAUGAUGAUGAUGAAGAAGAUGACUCUGAAGAAGAACCUAUGGAGAUUACACCAGCCAAAGGCAAGAAAGCUCCUGUAAAAGCUGUUCUUGUGAAGGCCAAGAGCACAGAAAAUGAAGACGAAGAGGAGGAUGAUGAUGAAGAUCCUAUUAAAAAAACACCUGAUAAACAGAAGAAGAAAAUGGCCAAACAGAAGGCUUCCCCUGAAACCAAAAAACAGAAAUUAGAAGCUGAACCACCUGUAACUUUCAAACUGUUUGUUGGAAACCUGAAUUUCAACAAAACUGCUGCUGAACUAAAAACUGGUCUCAGGGAAUUUUUUGCUAAAAAUGAUCUCACAGUUGUUGGUGUCAGAGUCAGCUCGUCCAGGAGAUUUGGUUAUGUGAAUUUUAAAUCUGUUGACGAUCAGGAAAAAGCCCUGGAACUCAGUGAGACAAAGGUCCUUGGGUAUGAAAUUAAACUGAAGAAACCAAAGGGAAAGGAAACAAAAAAAGGUCGAAAUGCCAAAACACUUUUGAUCAAGAACUUGCCUAGCAAGGUCACUGAGCAUGAACUAAAGGAAGUGUUUGAGGAUGCUUUUCAAAUCAGAUUUCUGAGCAAUGAUGGGAUAAGUAAAAGAAUUGCCUAUAUUGACUUCAAGUCACAAGCUGAUGCAGAGAGAACCUUGGAAGAGAAGCAAGGGACAGAAAUUGGAGGGCUUGCCAUAGUUCUGGAGCAUGUUGGAGAGAAAAAUCAAGGCCAAGAAGAGAGGGCCAGGAAGAGCAGAAGUUGGAGAGGAAAACAAAAGAUAGAACAAGAAAGCCACACAUUUCAAGAAAAAUGGGAGAGAGCUUAUUUCUUUGUGGAGGUAAAGAAUGUUCCUAUGUGUUUAAUAUGCAAAGAGAGUCUGUCUGUGUCGAAAGAAUAUAACCUAAGAUGCCAUUAUGAGACAAACCACAGUAGGAACCUUGUUGGAUAUACAGAAAAGAUGCGUGAUAAAAAACUCAAUGAACUGAAAAAAAGGUUGAAACUUGAACAUGAUUUGCUUUUGAAUGUGAAUAAAAUAACUGAUGCUGCAAUGAAAUGUAGUUACGUGUUACGUGAGAAAAUUGCCCGGGCAUCAAAACCCCUUACAGAUGGUGCGUUUAUAAAGGAAUGUCUACUGAGUGCUGCAGAAAUUUUGUGCCCUGAACAGAGACAAGUGUUUGCCAACAUAAAUCUCACUGGUAAUAUUGCUGAGCAGCAUGUUGCCAAUGUGACUGACAACUUACAGAACACCUUGCAAGAAAAAGUUAAAUCAUUUGUGGCUUUCUCUAUUGCAGCUCAUGAAAGCACUUAUAUAAAUAACGCCCCCCAGUUAGCUGUAUUUAUUCGCGGUGUUGAUGAAACUUUUGAUGUGACUGAGGAACUUUUGGACAUGGUACCCCUGACGGGCACAACAUCGGGAAAUGACUUAUUUUUAUGUGUUGAGAAAAGUCUUAGAAAAUUUGAUGUAGACUGGUCAAAAUUAGUAAGUGUUAGCACAGAUGGUAAUUCUGCAACGGUUGGUGUGAAGCAACUUGUUACAAAACUUAAGUCUAAAGUGUCAGGGCUUUGCAAAGACACAGAACUUAAAUCUGUGCAUGGCCUCUUUCUCCAAGAAUCCCUUUGUGCUAAAAAGUUACAAAUGGAUCAUGUCAUGGACAUAGUAAUUUACACCAUAACGUGGCUGCAUUCCCAUGGCUCGACCCACAGGAAGUUUAGUGCUUUGUUCAGUGAGUUAGACACACAGUAUGGACACCUGACCUACAUGGAACUGAAGUGGCUGAGCCGUGGAAUGGUCCUAAGGCAGUUUUUUGAACUGUUGGAAGAAAUUGACAUUUUCAUGUCUUCUAAAGGAAAAUCUGUGCCUCAGCUUCGUAACAAAGAUUGGGUCAAAGACCUAGCCUUUUUGGUUGACAUUAUGACUUAUGUAAACAUGUUGGAUGUUGCUCUGCAAGGGCAUUCGCAGAUGGUUACACAAAUGUACCAUGCAGUUCGCUCUUUCCUAGCAAAAUUGUGUCUUUGGGAAACUCAUUUGGCAAGAAACAAUCUGGCCCACUUCCCGACGCUGAGACUAGUUUCUGAGAAUGAAAGUGAUGGACUGAACUACAUUCCCAAAAUUAAAGAGUUGAAGACUGAAUUUCAAAAAAGGUUCUCUGAUUUCAAACUUUAUGAAAACGAACUUAUACUGUUCAGCUCACCUUUCUCAAUUAAUAUUAAUAAUGUGAAUGAAGAGCUACAAAUGGAGGUUAUUGAAUUGCAGCACAACACUAUAUUGAAAACUAAAUAUGAUGAUGUUGGAAUCCCAGAAUUCUUCAAAUAUCUUGGGAACAGUUACCCUAAAUAUAAAAAUCAUUGUGCAAAGAUUCUGUCCAUGUUUGGAAGUACAUAUAUUUGUGAGCAACUAUUUUCUGUUAUGACACAAAAUAAUACUAUUGCUCCCAGUUAAAGGAUUCAGAGAUGAAUUUGCUCCUGCAUAUUGCUACGAGAGGUCCCCAACCUGAUAUUGACUGAUGGGCAUUAGUGAGUAACAUCCCAUUUUAGAUUUCAAAUCUGAGGAGUAACAAAUUUAAAAACUCUGAAUAAUUAUUUCUAUUUCCAAAUUACAUUUUUCUAAUGUCAACUUAAAGCACAAUCUCUGGCAUCAUUUGUUUGUACCUUAUAACAUAAAAUAAAGUUUGAUUAUACC